UGGGUGGGGGAGCUGAGUGCUGAGACCAAGGGCUAAAGCUGGGAGGUGAGUCAGUCACCUUGAGCAGGAGUGUGCUGUGGUGUGAGCAGGGGCUGCAGGGGCGUGGGAGUGCAGAUUGAAAAAUGCAGACCACCAAGGCACUGCUCAUUUCUCCAGUUCUGAUCCGCUCCUGUACCAGGGGUCUAAUCAGGCCUGUGUCUGCCUCCCUCCUCAGUAGACCAGAGGCCCCAUCUAAACAGCCUUCCUGCAGCCGCUCCCCUCUCCAGGUGGCCAGACGGGAAUUUCAGACCAGUGUUAUUUCCCGGGACAUCGACACGGCAGCCAAGUUCAUUGGUGCUGGGGCCGCCACAGUUGGUGUGGCUGGAUCAGGGGCUGGCAUUGGCACAGUGUUUGGUAGCUUGAUUAUUGGCUAUGCCAGGAACCCGUCUCUCAAGCAGCAGCUCUUCUCAUAUGCCAUCCUGGGCUUUGCCCUGUCUGAGGCCAUGGGACUAUUCUGUUUGAUGGUCGCCUUCCUCAUCCUCUUCGCCAUGUGAGGCUCCAUGGGGUCACCCAGCCGUCCCUGCUGCUUUGACUCCAUGCCAGUCCUGGUGCUGGGGUGUGCCGAGCUUUACCAUUAAACAACGUUUCUCUAAACCA